UUUGUCAGAAUGUCCCUCCGGCAUCUUGGUUGCUAGUAGGGACCGUGUAUACAACCCGUGACAGCACCAGACGUGUGCGGAGGUGACCUGUCACCUGUUUAUAGACUCGCUUUUCAGUGGAGGCAUAAGACAGGAGGCUUGCUCAAGCACGUACCCUCUCACGGUACCACCGAAAGGAUGCUCUAGUUUUGAUAACACCGUGCUAAGGUGGCUGCCUUGCUGUCUCCUGAGGAAUUCGUUGCACGUCUGUACGGGUGCCAGGAGAUAGUUUUGGGGCGAAUUCCUGAACGAAAACAUGUCUGAUACAGAUCACCAACUGGCAGGAACAUUCUGUUGGCAAAAUCUGGACGAUUUCAUGUUGAGUUGGUGACACUUGUGCAAGCUACGUAUACGUCGCUGUUUGAGUACUUGUGACUUCGAGAUGUCCUUGCUACAGAGGAGUAAGGGGAAGGGGGACGUACGGAAGUCGCCCCGCGGGUUGUUGAGUGUCUGGGGCCCGUCCACGUCCUUCCCUCCGCCGUCGCCCACGGCAGCACCGCCGCAGACGGGGCGGGAGAGAGCCGCUACCCUCCCGAUGCAGGUCCAGGGACAGUCCCUGCCGCUACACACGGUGGAAGACGCGCUGUUCCGCAAACACGUCAGUCUGUUGCCUGCUAUCAGCUACAAUCUUCCUGAAUCAACAGGUAAGCCCGGUUACUACCCAAACGUCUGGGCUUCAAUCCGCCUGCAGAAAUCCAGCGACUACAUCGUUCAAGAUUCCUCACAGGGCGUCAAGAAGAUUUCUUCUCGCGCGUCGUCUCCCUUCUUAAGGAAGAUUUACGCCAAAUCUGCACCGCCUCAAGACGCUAAAUUCUCGGCUCUAAGGACUUAUACGCCGAGACGGGAGGGCACACGUACUGGUAGCAUGUCUGUGGACAGGGAAAUAAAGCGGGUUUUCCACAAUUUCGACCUCAAAAACGUAGACGUAGACAACAUCAAGGGCUUAAAAGACAGACUGGCCAUAGACCAACGUCAAUUAGUACUGCACGACCCUCAAAACGACGUGAAUACGUCAAGAACAAACCGGCCGCAGCAACAGAGGCAGCCUGUUGUUCACCUUGCGGAUGAAGAGGAAACUGCAGAAAUCAGACGAAACAAUACUAAGGUGGAGGCUUGGCUGAGAAAACACUUCGACUACAACAAACCAUGGGACGAUUUCAACUAAAUAUAAUAUCUAUGUAUAUAUUGGUCAUAUGUGUACACCACAAGGUAGACAGGUUACAGAAUACGUCAAGAACAAACCGGCCGCAGCAACAGAGGCAGCCUGUUGUUCACCUUGCGGAUGAAGAGGAAACUGCAGAAAUCAGACGAAACAAUACUAAGGUGGAGGCUUGGCUGAGAAAACACUUCGACUACAACAAACCAUGGGACGAUUUCAACUAAAUAUAAUAUCUAUGUAUAUAUUGGUCAUAUGUGUACACCACAAGGUAGACAGGUUACUCAGGGGAAAAUGUUUCAAAGACUAACCAUAACUUUGUAAAAUGGGUUAUUUUUGUUGUGACUUAAUACCGAAACGACUUAUGACGUAAAUGUCAUUUAUGUAACAAAUAUCAUAUUUACACCGAAUCUAACACGAGGAUGAUAGUUUUAACCAUUUCUAACUACAUAUAAAUAACGUCACUCGUUCUAAGAAAUAAAUGUACCAACAGAGACAGAGAUGUAUAUAAUUAUUGAUGUUCUUUAUUCCCAGCACAUUCAGUUCUAGUAGUGCUCGUGUUCUUUUUGUUAACUGCACUAUAUUGAAUACCGCAUUAAAACAUUAAGUCUACACACUUGA